AUGGUGCAGUCGGCGACGAACGGCUACGACGGCUCCAUGCUCAACGGCCUAAACAUUCUCCCCUCCUACGCAGACUACUUCAACCUCGACGCUGCCGGGACAGGCCUCAACACCGCCUCGGUCUUCAUAGGCGGGAUUCUCGGUCCUCCAGUCUCUGGAAUAAUGUGUGAUCGCCUCGGAAGACGCCCGACCAUCUUCUGGGGCAGUGUCGUCUGCCUCAUAGGCGUCAUCUUACAAGCAGCAGCCCAAGACGUGGCGAUGUUCGUCGUGGCGCGGAUCAUUCUUGGAUUUGGGAUAGCAGUCUCGGGAAUCGCUGCUGGGGUUUACUUGAGCGAGACGUUCAAUAAUAAGUAUCGAGCCUGGGGUGUAGGGUUGCUUAACGACUUCUACUACGUUGGCGCUUUACUCGCGGCUGGGAUCACUCUCGGAACGGGCUACUGGCAAAGUACAUGGGCGUGGCGAGCACCCUCAAUUUUCCAAGGCAUCUUCAGUAUCCUCUGUAUAGCCGUCCUCCCCUUCGUCCCCGAGUCGCCUCGUUGGCUAGUCCGACAAGGACUCAUGGAAGAAGCACGCGUAUCCGUCGCUCAGGCCAACGCGAACGGGAACCUGGAUGCGCCGGUCGUGUUGGCUGUCUACAAGGAGAUAGUAGAUACAUUGAAGUGGGAGAAAGAAGAAGGCGAAACCAUGACUUUCACGCAGAUCAUCAAGAAUCCUACUGCAAGAAGACGCCUACUCAUCGGCAUGUCGCCGGGACCUUUCAGCUGUAUUGCCGGGAAUAUCAUCGCUUCUUACUACCUCGGUGCUGAGCUUACGACGGCUGGUAUCACGGACACUACGGCACAGUUAGAAGCGAACGUCGUGCUGAACGUCUGGUGCCUUUUCUGCUGUCUCAUCGGUACACAGCUCUGCGCACUCUGGGGUCGCAAACCCACGGCUAUCAUGACGGAGGUCUUGCUCGUCGUGUGCCUGUUCAUAAUAGGCGGCCUAUCGAAGAUCUACGCCGAUCAUGGGUCUGCUACGAGUGGGAGCGUGGUCUAUGGCGAUGUGGCCGUGAUGUUCUUGUUCCAGGGGUUCUACAGUAUCGCUUGGACACCGUUACUGUUCCUUUACCCACCGGAGAUCUUGAACUACUCGAUUCGUGCCAAUGGGGUGGCGUUGAGUCAGUUCAUGCUGAAUGCUUUUGCGUGA